GCCCAAUUUCUCAUAGAUGGAACACGAUAGGCCACCCGCCAUACAUGUCAUUUAUUUGGGCUAGGUUUGGAUUUGCGGCUUUUCGUUAACAGACAUCUCGGAAGGUUUACUUCUGUGUAUUCUCCCCUUUUAUCUUCGAGCAGCCAUGUUUCGCAAUCAGUACGAUAGUGAUGUCACAGUUUGGAGCCCUCAAGGGCGACUCCACCAGGUGGAGUACGCUAUGGAGGCAGUAAAAUUAGGAUCAGCCGCAGUUGGUAUUAAGAACAAAACUCAUGCAGUUUUGGUUGCCUUAAAGAGAGCGUCAUCAGAACUUUCAGCUCAUCAAAAAAAAAUUAUUCCAAUUGAUAAGCAUCUUGGCAUGGCAAUUACUGGACUGACUGCUGAUGCUAGAAUGUUAAGCCGAUACAUGCGUACUGAGUGUCUCAAUUAUCAGUAUGCUCACGAUUCUCCACUUCCUGUGUGCCGUCUUAUUGCUAACGUUGGUAAUAAAAUGCAAAGUUCAACUCAGAGAUAUGACCGUCGUCCUUAUGGAGUAGGACUUCUAGUUGCGGGUUAUGAUGACCAAGGACCUCAUAUUUAUCAAACAUGCCCAUCUGCUAAUUUCUUUGAUUGUAAAGCUAUGGCCAUGGGGGCCCGCUCCCAAAGUGCUCGCACAUACCUUGAAAAGCACUUGUUGGAAUUUCCUGAAUGUGAUAAAGAUGAACUAAUUCGCCAUGGUUUGAGGGCACUGAGUGAUACUUUGCCAAAUGAAGUUGAAUUAACUGUCAAGAAUGUGUCCAUUGGUCUGGUUGGUGAGAAAACUCCCUUCUCAAUCCUGGAUGAGCAAGAAACGGCUGUUUAUUUGACAUCUAUUGAGCAUGAGGAACGUCGUGGUGGAGGUUCAUCGGGCUCUAAGGCUUCAAAGUCAUCAACUCAGGCUGCAGGAGAAGGUGGCCCACAGGACCCUGAAGUGGCUGUUGCCAUGGAAACUGAUUAGUAAUCUACCCAAUUUCAUUAUCUUGUAUUUGGGUUUUCCUGCAUAAGUUCAUAAAUAAUAAAUAUACAUAUUUUUAAAAAACA